ACGUUCCCAUUUGGCUCACAUCUGCUGAUUUCACUUUUGUGUAUUUGUUGUGAUUAGAUAAGGAUUGUAGUGAUAAUUAGCCAGAAUAAUAGUUUAAAACAGUAUUAUAUUAAAAAGAUUAAUCGCUAAUCUACACGAGUGGGAUGUGGCUUUCUGCACAAUAAUCAUAGUUGCGUACACUAUAUAACAGAAGCACCCAACACAGUCUUCAAUGAAGAGUAAAGCCAUUGUUUCCGAUAAAAGCUGACAACGAAAUUUGGUCACUACAUUGACACGUACAAUUGCUUAGCUCAACUACAGCAACGGUCGAAAUUUGGAAAAGUAAAAUUUGACAAAGUAGAAUUAAGAAAAUAAAAUGUGUGUGAUAUUUUUUUAUGUGAACUCAAAUCCAGCUCCGGGUGGUUACAAACUAAUAUUAGCGUCAAAUCGGGACGAGUUUUUUGCACGAGAUACACAAGAUGCAGCUAAGUGGGCAAAUGCGGAGCAUGUUUAUGGAGGCAUUGACCUCGAAACUGGCCGCGAGGGUGGCACUUGGCUAGCGAUUGGUGGCCAUGACGGCGUAUUUAAAGUAGGUGCUUUGCUUAAUUUGACAGGCGAACCAAAACCAAGAAAUGCUAAGGCUAUACCACACCCUAACAUAAUGUAUAUUCAUCAUCAUGACAACAAUAAGGCUGACGACACAGGAAUCCACAAUUCUACAGACAACAAAUCAAACAACUUAUUACUAUUACAUCCUGAACAUUUUUUGCUAGGCCGUGGCAUGAUCGUAUCGAACUUUGUUGCCUCUACGGAUGACUGCAAUAUUGACCAUUACAAUAGUGAACUAUUGGCUGAGUGUACCAAGUACAGUGCGUUCAAUUUCGUUUCAAUUGAAAUCGGUGACUCGAAAAAACCAGCUAAAAUAUCACUUUUAAGCAAUACACCAGCCGGCUUAGAGCACUUUGACGAGGGCAAAUGCCAUGGUUUCGGCAACAGUCUGGCUGCGGUGCCUUUUCAAAAAGUCAUAAAUGGGCGUGAGCGCUUUCAAAAUAUAGUUGACAAUUUCCAUAAAAACCUACAGACAUCUACCCCAGAUGACGCGUAUAAUAUGCAAAAUGAACUAGUCACAAAUCUGAAAAAUUUACUUAAAUGUAAACAUAAAUUUUGGCCUGAUGCUGAACUGAAACGACGUGCACCUAAUUGGGGUGAGCAUUUGAGUGCGCUGAAUGUGAAUAUACCAAAUGCUGAAUAUGGUAGUCGCACGCAUACGGUGAUUUUGGUAGAUGAAUAUGAUAAAAUGCAUUUCUAUGAGGAAACAAUGGCUGGUCUGGAUCCCGAGGGAGAAUGGCGGUGUACGCAUCUUGAAAAAUGCUUUUUUCGUAACUAAUGUUAAGGUAAAACAACAA